AAAAGCACAGUAGUUUGGUCUCAAACCCAUUAGGAUGACGGAAAAAUAGCCGAAUCGCAACAAAAUUGUCGAUAUAGCAGACCACAACCGCUGGUAGUGCAGUGUAAAGUCAUUUUAAUGUCAAUUUGACGUCUCACGUUGGCAAGGCAAAAACAAAGAAGUCACGAAUUUUCAGCAGUGAGAGAAAAUCGCUUAUUACAGCAAACCAGAAAAACAAAAUAUUUUACUAAGAAAAUUUGUUUUUAUGAUUCACUUUGGUGAAAAGUACAAAAAGUUCUUUGAAUGCAGUGUACCGCGACACGAGAGUGAUUUAGAAAUCUGUAGCGGAUUAUUGAUUUCUGCAAGCACUACCGAAACAACAAACGGACGUGGUGGCAGCAGCAGCAAUCGUUGCAGUGGUUGGCUGGCGAGCAGCGACAAGUGGACAAAACAGUGGCAAAGCCACAAGCAAUGUAAAGGUGUCGACAACAAAAACACGCAUUGAGCUACUAGUUUGUAAACGGGUGAGUGCGGUAAGGGGAUACGAAAGUUUUACAGCAGUUACCAAAUUGCAAUCGAGAAAAAAGGCCAACAAAGAAAAUAGUAGCGCGAUUUUAUCGCCCCGUGAUCUUCAACAAAUAAUUUAGAUACUUAAGUUGACGUGUUCAAGUGUGACAAACUCUGUGUUUGUGCACUUCAUUUACAGAGCAGCUGUUGGCGUAUUGAACGUUUCCCCUCAGCUUACAUUCCAUCAAUUAAUUUAUUGCACCCACAAUUGCCACCUACGCAGCGAUGUCAAACAUGUUCAGCAUAACCAAUAUCAAGAAUCGCUUUAUUUCGGUUAUCGCCCCAGAUAUACCGCCGCUGCCAUCAGUUCCCAGCCACCAACUACAUCGUGGAGGUCCUUCGUCAAACUACCAGCUGCGAAUGGUGCAUCAACAGAAAAUGCCCGACAAAUUCGCAUAUGCUCGUCCACCAUUUCUACAGCUUUUGACAAUCGAUGAGUUGCGCGCCUCGGCCGACCACAAUGUACGCCCUAUCAUUGUGCCACGCGACAUCAAUUUGCUACCAUGGGGCACUGGUUAUGCUGAGUGUGUCAAUUCCGGCAAAUCGGAGUGGAAUGAAGACCAGGCUGCUUUUUCCAGGCAAGUACUUUCCGACCCAACACAUUGCCAUCCCGAUUUACCAUACACAUACUAUGGCAUUUUUGAUGGACACGCUGGUUAUGGUGCCGCUCUAGCUGCUUCGCAUCAAUUCCACCACAUUUUGCAUGAAAAAUUGGUGGAUUGCAUUGAACUACUGCUUCCUCGCGAAGAGGAAAUGGCAAAUGCAAAGCCAGAUAGUGGCUUUCCGCACCCCAGUCAAUUUCAUAGACGCGUUUACAAGGAUGAGCUCAUCAUUGGCGCACUGGAGAGCGCUUUCUUCAAUAUGGAUGCGUUGAUUGCACAGGAUCGCGAUAGAUAUCGAGAUGCUGGCGGCUGUACCGCUUGCGUUGCGUUGUUCAUCAAUGGUAAGCUGUUUGUGGCAAACGCUGGUGACAGUCGUGCAGUUUUGUGUCAACGUAAAAGUGCAUCCGCGCUUGAUGAAAAACACAAAUCAUCUGCAAGCAUAGUAGCAGUGAAUAGCGCCGAGAAUAAUGCAGAUACACAGGAAAUAUUUGCUGUGCCUUUCUCAUUUGACCACACUCCGGAGACGGAACGACAUCGACUACUUACUGUAGCACGCUUGAAACCACAUUUGAUGGAGAAACAGUACGCCGCAAUGGAAUAUGCCAAGCGACCCCAUAUGAAGGAUUUGGGCCAACGCAUCCUUUGCCGCCAGGGUACAAUGAAAGGUUGGACUUAUAAAACGUUGACGCGCGAAGAUUUACGCAUGCCGGUGGUGACGGGAGAAGGAAAGCGUAGUCGAUUGCUGGGAACAUUGGGCGUUACACGCGGCUUUGGAGAUCAUGAUCUCCUGGCCAUCAACACAGGCACACAAAUAAAACCGUUUCUCACGCCACAUCCUGAAGUGGUUAUACGCGAUCUUUCCAAAAUCGUCAGCAUUCCAGAUGAGAAUAAUGAGGAUGGUGAUUAUGGCAUUCUGGUUAUGGCCACCGACGGGCUAUGGGACGUAUCUGAGAAUGAAGCUGUAGCGCGCACCGUUUUCCAAACACUCGCCAAAUACCCUACAGAAAAGCACCGUUACACAAUGGUGGCACAAGAGUUGGUGGCGCGAGCGCGUGGUAAAAUAAACGAUUCCGGUCAUUGGCGCCUGGCCGAUAGCAAAGCUGCUGCCACAGUGGAUGAUAUCUCAGUGAUUGUGAUACCGGUGUAUCAGUAUUAUAAAGAACACGUUGAAUGGGAGAAGAAGUGUGCCCAAGUGCUACAGGAGCGGCGGGCCAAAGUGACACCUAGUGCUACCGAGGCGUGCGAGGAUGAAACGUUAUUGGUUAAUGGCGUCACAAAGGCACAAGUUGAAGCAGAACACGAAGAGGAUGAGGAGGAAGAAGUAGUUGUAGAAGUAAAUCGACAAAAGGCACAAGCUGACGUCGAGAUGGAAGAGAACGUAAGUGACGAACGAACGCAGUUGGCGAACAUUACUACACCAACAACAACAAGUACUAAUGAGGAGAUAGCAGUCGAAAAAGAUGUAAAGGAGUUGAUUGAAAACGAGCUGGCAGCCGCUAUAUCUGCCCUGGAUGCUACUGAAAGUGCAGAAUAUGAUAGAAAAGAUAAAACAGGCGUUGUUUAAGUGCAAGUUGCGCUCGCUGAUGCGCUGAACAGGCUCAAAUAUUUCAUUGCAAGUUGCUAAAGAUAGUUUCUAACAAGAAAAAGACGAACGACACUCUGCGAUGACAUAAUCAAUCUCUCAAUCUGUUUCACGCCCUCUCUCUACUAUUACAGGAACGUCUGCGACCGUGCCGGAGAAUGCAAACAAACAGAAGCAACCACAGCACCAACAACAACAUCAUCGCAAUCGUAAUCGCAAAGAUAAACGUUGAAGAAUCAAAAGCGUACGCUUGUUUAGCGUACAAAUUUUAUACUAAAUUCAAUAAUUAGUACGUAGCAAAUAAAUUUAACUAGUAAAAACAAACGCACUUAAAUAAUAAUCAAUGUAAGGAAAUAGAAAAAAAGGGAACUUGAGAAAUGUUGACGUGUAGUGAAAGUUGCGCUGUGUUGCCGGCAGUGAGUUUUUUCGAGGGAAAUUUCUUAAAUCAUUACCAGAAAUAAAUAAAUUAUAAAUAUUCGAUAUAAGCAUAUACUAAUUUAUUUUAUUUACGUAUACUUUGUAACUUAUGGCCGCAUUCAAUCAAGGUGACCAAACACUGACCCUAGCCACAUACCAUUUCCAAACGAAUGCGAAAAUUUGUACUGAGCGGAUAUAAAAGUAAUUAAUAAAAGUGAAAUUAACACUUGAAAGUGCGAAAAAUUUAUAAAAAUUUGCAGGAUAAAAACAAAUGAAUAGAAACUUUAUUAUUGUUCAAAUGAAAAUGUAAUAAUUCAUUAUUUUCGAAAAUAAAAUAAAAUUUUUUUUGCAAACAAU